AUGUCCGGAAAAGAAGAGGAACGCGCAUCGCUUCGACCGGUCGCAUUCGCGGCUGUCGUCUUUUCGACGGUGGCACUGACGAGCUGUCUUCUUACGUUCCCAAUGAUCCUUCAUUAUGUGCAAACACUGGAAUCACAAGUACAACUAGAUUUGGAAUACUGCCAAGUCCGUGCCCGUGACAUGUGGAAAGAAAUGUUGAAUAUCGAAACCGGUGGCAAACGUGAUGUAGCGAAGUUGGCCGAUAUUGUGAUGAAUCAAAGAAGACUUGAGAAAAGCAUUUUCACUGAGCUUUUUGUAAAAAUUAAUGCGGAGAUGAAGGCUUUCAGGGACACUCUUGCCGAUUUUUGGGCACGGCGUCUUCACGACCAAGAACUUCGCGACGAACCGGUUGGAUACGAGGGUGGUACGGCAGCUAUCGAAUCGUCCACACAGGGUGGCAGAACACUGGGAUGUUGCACAUGCAAUCGUGGAGCACCAGGUCCACCUGGAGAUCCUGGAAGAGACGGAAUAGAUGGAAUAGAUGGAAUGCCGGGUGACAUUGGACAACCUGGCUUGCCAGCUCCACCUGGUCCGGAACCGACGUCAUUAUUCCCACCACAAUGCCCAUGCGAAGCACCGCCAGGUGAUCCUGGACCGAAAGGACAGCAAGGUCCGGAUGGUCCUCCUGGACCACCAGGUGCUCCUGGAGAAGACGGAAAGCCAGGAGAUCAAGGACCACGCGGAAACCCUGGUAUGCCUGGACCUCCCGGACCCACAGGCCGACCUGGACCACCAGGUGAACCCGGAACGUACAAGACCGAAAUAGGUCCACCUGGCCGCCCUGGGGCACCUGGUCGUCCUGGACCACCAGGACAACCCGGAGCUCCCGGAGAACCUGGUGGUGACGGUCAACCUGGUGCCCAAGGACCACCGGGUAUGCCAGGAGUGCCUGGACAACCAGGUGUUAAUGGACCGCCCGGACAGCCUGGAGCAACUGGAGACAGUGGUGCACCAGGAUCGUGUGAUCAUUGUCCACCGGCGAGACUCGCUCCAGGUUAUUAA